GCGCAUCUUUCAGAGGAAAGACGAAUAAUGUCCCCAGUGUCUUUCACGUUGGCCCCGGACGAUCAGGCACUCCUUAUAGUCCAGCCCUGCACAGAUAUAACUCAUCCACAACCUCCGUGUGUCCGUCUCUCUGGCAGACGCAGGGAAGUCUCUCCCGGAGGCGCUAGACUACAGUGUGUUUUGGCUGCAGACGGUCGCAGGAGAGGCCGACAGCCGGACAGGUAUCCCCCCCCCACUGCUGUCUGUGUCCCUCAGAGACUUCCUCACUGGACCAGAGUUGAAGGUGGACAUCAGUCGGCCGGUGAGAGUCAGUCCCACUCUGGUUAAGAUUGAGCAGGCGAAGGUCUUCUGGAAGAGACUCUUUCCUGAGAGGGAGCCCAGAACACCUGCAGGCUCCGCCCACCGCUGCAGCGAAGCCCCGCCCACAGCCGACCUGCUGCUGCGCUCUCUGCAGUCGCCCGUUCCCUUCCACAAGAUCUCGCUGCGCACGGUGCAGAUGGUGGUCGGUGUGGAGAUGGAAGCGCACGCAGCGCGGCCCAGUCUGACGCUGUCUGUUUCGGCCAUGACCGGUGCGCUGACGCUGAAGAACGCCGCCAAACCCGCAGAUGGUUUUAAGGAGGUCUGUCUGUCGGUUCAGUGUGAGGACGUGUUGGUGCGGACGGGUCUGAAGGACAAAAGUGCAGUGUUUGUGGGUCCGUUCUCCUGCAGUGUGGAUCUGGAGGCUCAUUGGUGCAGACACAGCGGAAGCUCCGCCCCCGACUCACCUGGACCCCCGAGAGUGUUGAUUGACAUGAAGGGAGGCCUGCUGCAGGUGUUUUGGGGGCAGCAGCAGUUUAACUGUUUGUCUGAGAUUCAAGAGCAGCUGCAGAACUACUGGAAUCAGAUGAGCAGAACAGAGGCGGAGUCUAACGAGAAGCCCCUCCUCUCUACACCGCCACCCACCCCUCGCCCCGCCCAAUCAGAACACUCCUCUGAUGACCUGCGCACAGGCAUCUUCCAGUACAUACAGGACUCAGCAUGUCAGAAGCUGCCAUCGCCUCAUGAGGUGGUGUUUUGGAGGGAGACGGACGAGUCUCCAGGUGUGAUGCUGUGGCGGUAUCCUGAACCACGUGUGAUCACAUUCCUCAGGAUCACACCUGCUCCCUUCAACACCACUGACGACCCGGACAUCAGUACAGCCGACCUCGGGGACGCGCUGCAGAACGGCGUGUUGGAUGCGGAGGAAGUGGUUUUCAGUCAUUACGUCAUCUGUAACGACACACAGGAAGUUCUGCGGUUCGGACAGGUGGACACAGAUGAGAACAUCCUGCUGCAGAGCAACCAGAGUCACCAGUACAGCUGGAGAACCCACAAAUCCCCACAGGUUGUGUUCAGUCCUCUGUUCAUGAUGUGGAGUCACCUGCCGGAUCCGGUUCUGGUUCAUGUGGAGAAGAGGAGUCUGGGUCACAGAGACACACAGCUCAUUCACGGCCGCGGCCACCAGGAGGCGCUGCUGAACGUGGAGGAAGAUCUGACACACCACCUCACCUUCCAG